AUGGAAAUUUUAGAGUAUGUUCCAUUAAUUAAAUUUGUAAUGCUCCUUAAAUUUUAAUGGAAACUAUAGCCUAUAAAAAUUAUUAUAUAGGUUAGAAUAUUGAAAGAGUAAUGUAAUAUAAUAAUUGCAAAAUAGCAAAUACUAAUAUAUUUGUUGUUGUAUAGAUUCUAUUUGGAUCAACAAAAUAACUUUAAGCUUUGCUCAUCAUAAAUGGUAAACUUAAUUGUAUAGUACAAGUAAACCAAUAUAUUAAACAAUUAAGGAAUAUAUGAACUAAAAAUAAUAAUUAAUUACAUUUGAAUGA